GGGAAAGCUAUGCAAAUAAGGAGGAAAAAAAUGAGGCUGAUCCUGGCCUAGGGGUGUGUGGAUGGAUCCUGGUGAUCACUUCGUUUAUAUUCACUGUGCUCACAUUUCCCAUUUCGAUCUGGAUGUGCAUAAAGAUCAUUAAGGAGUACGAACGAGCCAUCAUAUUCCGACUGGGACGCAUCUUAAAGGGGGGAGCAAAGGGACCAGGUUUGUUUUUCAUCCUGCCUUGCACAGACAGCUUCAUCAAAGUGGAUAUGAGAACCAUCUCCUUCGAUAUUCCUCCCCAGGAGAUCCUGACCAAGGACUCAGUGACAGUUAAUGUGGAUGGAGUGGUGUAUUACAAGGUCCACAAUGCCACCCUGGCCGUGGCAAACAUCACCAAUGCUGACUCAGCCACACGUCUCCUAGCACAGACCACUCUGAGGAACGUUCUGGGCACCAAAAACCUGUCCCAGAUUCUCUCUGACCGUGAGGAGAUUGCACACAGCAUGCAGGUCACACUUGAUGAGGCCACAGAUGAUUGGGGCAUCAAGGUGCAGCGUGUGGAGAUCAAGGAUGUGAAGUUACCUGUGCAGCUGCAGAGAGCAAUGGCUGCAGAGGCAGAGGCUGCACGGGAGGCCAGAGCCAAGGUGAUUGCAGCUGAGGGUGAAAUGAAUGCUUCCAGGGCCCUGAAGGAAGCAUCCAUGGUGAUCACGGAGUCUCCGGCUGCGCUGCAGCUCCGUUACCUGCAGACCUUGACCACCAUUGCUGCAGAGAAGAACUCCACCAUCAUCUUCCCCCUGCCCAUAAACCUGCUGCAGGGCCUCAUGGAUGGGAAGCAUUAG